CAGAUUAUGAUUGGCAUCUUUCAUGUUUUAAUGUGGUAUUUCGUACUGCUUUUGUAUAUGGGGCAAAUUCAAGGAGUCUUUGGAGUAUAUAAACCUAUAACUUACACCACAGGAAGCGCUUUAUGGGGAAUUGUUUUUAUCAUUUCAGGAAUCUUCAUAAUAAAAACAGCAAAGCAACCAAGUUACUGUGUGGUUGCAUCUGCUUUGACCUUUUCCAUCCUCUCCUUAAUUACUGCCAUAGCUGCAAUAGUUCUAACAGUCAUUGAAUUGUCUCAGUUUCAAUCUGUGUCAUACAGGAAUUAUGGACAAGCAAAACUUGGGAGGUUAGUGUCACGUAUUUUAUUGAUCUCCUACCAUUUGGAAGUUUCCAUUGCGUUUGUGUACUCACUCAUCACUGCUAUCAAUUUGGUCUGCGGUUACAGUUUGAAGCCAAAGAGAAAGGUGGCAUCUCCGUCACCGUCCUGGGAGCCUUACAGAUUCCACGGAGUUACAGAGGGGAGAGGAAGCGGCGGCCCUGCUGGUGUGUGCGCGUGGAUGUCCACGCGCUGUGCCCCACGUAGCCGCGCUCUUGAUUACAACCGCGACUUUGGAACCGAGCAGGGGUGA